AUGCCAACCCUUCAACCAUACAAGGGGGACUAUUUCCUGUGGAACUAUGUCCCCAGCCUUCCAGCAGCUAUUGCAUUCACCGCCGUAUUCACCAUCCUGACCAUAGCUCAUAUUUGGAAGAUGGUCAGAACGAAAUCGUGGUUCUGUUCUGCUUUCGUCAUCGGUGGCAUCUGCGAGAUUAUUGGAUAUUCAUCUCGAGCAGGCGCAUAUAACGCCACAGGAUCCCUGAUACCCUACCUCCUCCAGGCUAUUUUCCUCGUGAUAGCGCCCGUCUUCUUUGCUGCAUCGCUGUAUAUGGUUUACGCUCGUAUAGUGCGAGCCGUUCAUGGUGAAGCAUUCUCGCUGAUUUCGCCGCGCUGGACGACAAUCAUCUUCGUGACGGGGGACUUGACCUGUUUGAAUGUUCAAACAGUUGGCUCUGGAUUGACGAAUCGUCCGAAUCUUGCAUCAAUAGGCAACUAUAUCAUCGUUGCUGGUUUGAUUUUGCAGGUCUUGCUGUUUAUCGGCUUCCUGAUCUGCUCCAUCGUAUUCAACAAGAGGUUUAGCGCUCACGUAGCAAAGACCGGAGCCACAAGCAAUAUUCCCUGGCGGUUGUGUCUGUACAUGCUCUAUUCAACGUCAAUCUUCGUGCUGGUGCGGAAUAUCUACCGAAUCGUGGAGUUCAUGAUGGGACAACAUGGCUUUCUUCUUGAACACGAGUGGUCGCUUUACGUCUUUGAUGGAUCACUGAUGAUCCUGGUCAUGGUCGGCUUCUUGGUCUGGUAUCCUGCUCAGCUACAGCCGAGCUCUCGGGAGUCGAUGAUUGAGCUCACGAGCGCCAACUCUGUGGAAGGAGAAAGAAGGAUGGCCACCCUCUUGUGA